AGAAAGUCCGCGAGGGAGGAGGUGGAUAGCGAAAGGAGGGCCAAGGGGAAUAAGCCCAGGUGACAAGCUUUGCAUGAAAUUAUUACCAAGAGUUGGGUCAGAAACAUGGGAAGCCCCUUGGUAGGAUGUAUGGGUGCUGGUGUCUAGACUCUGGAUCGAAGCUAUUGUGCAAAGUACCGUGGGCUGAAGAGGAACGACCGCGAUCGCAAGAGGAAAUCAACACGGGACCGCAACACUCCAGUUUCCUGAAUAGAGAAAGACCUUGUUUUGCAUGUUUGAACGACCUGAUUCUUGGACGCUUCAAAUUUGUAUCGCUGGGUCAUUUUUGACUCUUUGAGCGACUUGCACCCUGGUGGAAACGAUCUUAGGCGAUGACUGAGGUUAUCAAUGAAAAUCGUGCCGAUGACGACAUACCAAGCGACCAUUCACGUUGUUUUUGUUGUUUUCUCCCUUGCAUCCGUGUGCAAACACGGUCAAGAAGGGUGUUGGAUUCCAGUGUGCAGAUGACCAAUAGUUCCAAAGAUAUCAAAUCUAAACCUACUCCUCUACUCGUCGACAAGAGCGAUGAGCUGACAGAGCAUCACAAAUAUUUUUGUCCUAUUUGCAUGUACUAUCUUGCGGAUAUGCAGAAAACCAAGUGCUGUGGACAUCAUAUUUGUCUCGAUUGUGUAAAAGCGAUGAAGAAUCAUAAAGUUUCUCAACAAGGGGGACUGGAAACGGCACAGGAUGUCGAAGACACUGUGGUGUCCUGCCCCCAUUGUUCCUGUCCAGUUCUGAAAUUCGAAAAGAUCCGCACGCAUGAGGAAUCCAGGAGAUACGAAGACUCGCCUGCCCUCCAUCCGGACUCCAAGGGGAGCAGGAAGCUAACGCCUGGCUUGCAACAAGUUGCUCCUUCACCUCUUAAAGUGGGAGACAGUCACGAGAAUAUGAUGAGAAAGCUGAUUACCUUCGAUCAAUGCGGCAUCAACAUCAAAGGACAAAUGAAUUCUCCAACGAUCCAGGAGGGCAGCGCAGAUGUACCCUCGCUACCGGGCGUGCCAAUUCCUCCUUUGCCCGAGGAUCAGUUGCGAGUCAGCGAGUCGGGCGAGGCUCGCAGACUAGAGCAGAGGCUUUUCCUGGACGAUGGUCCGGUUUCAGAAGCCACGAGAGCCGCCUCAGAAGCUGAGGUUCAAUCGCCGCAGGACAAUGCUUCUGCAAGGCCCCCAAGACCAUCGUCCUCUCCCUCUUUAACGUCACCACCGCCAGAGUAACCUAGUAAUGGAGAACGACGCUGCCGGUGUUUCUUGUGUAUAUACAUUCGAGAUUUGUAAAGAAACGUAUCAU